AUGUCACCUGUGAUCUUCAUCAUCCCCGGGUUCUACGAAGGCCCUGCCGUCUUCAAACCUCUGGCCGAUGCUCUCGCCACUCGCGGCUUCAGAACUGUGACGUCAAGCAUCAGAAGCACAGGUACCACGCCUCCGAAUAAUCCGACUAUGGACGAUGAUAUCGCUGGUGUCAGACAAGACCUUGUUCCUGUAGUAGAACAGGCGGGCGACGAUGGCGUCAUUGCUGUUAUGCACUCUGCGGCUGGAUUUAUCGGGAGCGCUGCUCUCAAGGACCUUACUCGGAAAGCCCGAGAUGCCAAUGAAAAACCUGGUGGAGUGCGAAAGAUCAUCUUCUUCACCGCUGGCGUUCAGCCGGAGGGAUUUGAACUGAGUCAACUACCUUUCUUCGACAUUAAUGAAGCGAAUGGUACACAGUCAUGCAAAGACCCCAGAAGUCUACUUUUUAGCGACCUUCCAGACGAGCAAGUUGAUAAGUGGCUUCCCGGACUUCAGCAUCAGCCUUUCACGGGAUACUCAACAAAGUUGCAGUACUGUGGCUGGAGAGACGUACCAAGUGUCUAUAUCAUUUGUGAAGGGGACAAGUUACUUCCUGUUUCUUUCCAGGAAUCCGGCGCCAAGCUAGCGGGUAGUGAGAUUGUCAGACUUGAUGGUGGUCAUAUGGUUCAACUGACCCAGACUGAGAAGUUGACAGAUAUCAUAAGUUCGAUCAUUACUUGA